UGCCCCGGAAAAUGUCCGUAAAAUGGGCGGUGUAUAUUUUCCAGGUGUGGAUUGAUCAUUACCGGUUCCCGUAAUGUGGCUACCUGAUGACGUCAUCAGUUUUCUUUAAGAAACCGGAGCUGUCCGGAGUAAACGGAGUAAUUGAUGUGAUAUCUCUUUGUAAUAAAGCUGACUCUGAAGAUGUCCAGAUGAGGGCGAGCGUUUCACGGGAGACUCCACCAGAGGUGGUUGUUUCUACUCAGGAACUCUGGGAUCCUCAUCCAGAGCAAUGUGUCAGCUGCAGCUUGCACCUCACAGGACCAGCGAUGGUUGUCUCCCAGUAUAAGUUCCACCCUGAGUGUUUCUCAUGCUCAGGCUGCAAGUCGUUGAUUGAGGAGGGAGAUUCAUUCAGUCUGGUGCAGAGAACAGCACUCUACUGUGGGCCAUGUCACAAGCUGCUUCUCUUAAGACCACAGUUUGAGAGCCUGUGCAGUGAUUCAACACAAGAGCCUGGAGCACACACACUCAGUCUUGUGCGCUUUCCUGCUCAAGGUGGAAACAGGGGAUUCUCUGUCUCAGUGGGGGAUAUGCAGGUUACACAAGUCGGUCCAGAAGUUAGAAAUGUGAUGCACACAGGGGAUCGGAUCCUGGAAAUAAAUGGAGCACCAAUUGGCACACUACCCUUAGAUGAGGCUGAUGAGUUGCUUCACUGCACAGACCGGAAACUCCAGCUCCUUUUAGAACACAACCCCUCACCUAUCCUACCUGCAGAAAUCUAUCCCCCCAAAUCUCCCUCUCUGCGUCCCUCGGAUGGGAGGGGCAGCUCUGAUUCCACAGGAAGACGCAGCUCCAUCAGGCGCAGUAACAGUAACUCCCACUCCCCUGGGCCCUGCUCUCCCAAGGACCCUCGCUAUGUUUCUCGUUCUGAGUCUCUUCGUUCUGCAGUAGGGUCAGCUCAGCAGAACUUUCGUCCGUCUGAUCUACUUCACGGGGAGGAGCUAGGGAAAGGAUUUUUUGGACGAGCUAUUAAAGUUACACACAGAGCCACAGGGAGAGUUAUGGUGAUGAAGGAGCUAAUACAAUUUGAUGAACAGACUCAGAAAACCUUCCUAACUGAGGUGAAGGUUAUGCGUUGUCUGGACCACCCCAAUGUACUGAGAUUUAUUGGGGUUCUGUAUAAGGACAGAAGGCUGAACCUGCUGACUGAGUACAUAGAGUGUGGGACCCUAAAGGACUUCCUUCGUGGGGAUCAUUGCCCUUGGCAGCAGAAGGUUUCUUUUGCUAAAGACAUUUCAUGUGGAAUGGCAUAUCUUCACUCCAUGAGCAUCAUCCACAGAGACCUCAACUCGCACAACUGUCUUAUAAAACUGGAUGGGACAGUAGUGGUUGCUGACUUUGGACUCUCCAGACUUAUUGUUGAAGAAAAACUAAACCCACCUCCAGAUAGGCCUCCAACCAAAAAACGUACGCUACGUAAGAGUGACAGACGGAAGCGUUACACAGUUGUUGGAAACCCUUAUUGGAUGGCCCCAGAAAUGAUAAAUGGGAAACAAUAUGAUGAGAAAGUGGAUGUUUUUUCGUUUGGAAUUGUUCUUUGUGAGAUAAGGCCAGAUUUCACAUACCUACAAGAUGCACUAACUGCUUUAUCUUUGUUCCUGGGAGAUCUGGGGAUCCCUCUGCCCUCAGAGCUGGAGUAUAUGGAGCAGAGACUGAGGCUCCAGUAUGGCUUAACUCGAGAACAAUCCUCCCAAGAGGAGAGACCAACCAAUGACCCCUAGGCAUAUCUCAGAAACGCCAGACGGGGCUGGAUUCGCCAGCUUCUCUUUCUACAAGUCAUCUCUGAAUUUCAUCAUUUUGGGAAAGCAAAAUGUAGCUACAGUUCCUCCAUUCUCAAAAGGAAAGGAGAUAUGUCCUUUAUAUUAUGGGAUCAUUGGGGACAUUUCUUCACUAAAAAUGUUACGUUUAAUUAAUAGCAAGUUCCUGCAAAUUUCAAAAUGUGAUGAGUUACGGGGUGUGUCACUUUCAAAAAUCUCUAGUUUGUCCUUGUUUGUAUACACAGCACUUUCAUAGCCUCGAUGAUCUCAUUUUCAUGCGUAUAACAUUCCAGACCUAGCAGGUCUCAUUGUAAUUGUAGUUUUUUUUUUUUAGCUCUGUACAGAGAUCUCAAACUCCUAUACAGAUCCUUGUGACUCUGCAGAUGUCUUCUUUAUUUCUCUUGUAAGGUGUAUCCAGUCCACGGGUUCAUCCAUUACUUGUGGGAUAUUCUCCUUCCCAACAGGAAGUUGCAAGAGGACACCCACAGCAGAGCUGUCUAUAUAGCUCCUCCCCUAACUGCCACACCCAGUCAUUCUCUUGCAACUUUCGACAAGAUAGGAAGUAUAAGAGAUAUGUGGUGACUUAGUGUAGUUUUUACCUUCAAUCAAGAGUUUGUUAUUUUUAAACGGUACCGGCGUCGUACUGUUUUACUCCCAGGCAGAAAUUAGAAGAAGAAUCUGUCUGGAGGUUGAUGAUCUUAGCGGUUUGUAACUAAGGUCCAUUGCUGUUCUCACGCAUAACUGAAGAGUAUGGGAAAGACUUCAGUUGGGGGAACGGUCUGCAGAUUACCUGCUUUGAGGUAUGUUCAGUAUAUUUAUUUCUAGUGAGAUUAUAAGAUCUAGAAAAUGCUGACAGAGCCUUGUAUAAUUGAGGUAAGCCUGAUGCAGUGAUUUAACAACGACUGGGAUCAUACUUACAAAAAAGGGUAAUAUUCAUGUUAAUACUCAUAUUUCUUAGUGACAAAACGUUUACAUGUUAUAUAGAAAGAACGUUUUUUCUCUGAGGGUGAUAAAUCGUUUUUUUGGGGCCUAGUUUCCACAUUGCUAGUCAGAUACUCCUAGGAGUAUUUUCUUAAGGCCCUCUGACAUCGAGUGCAUGGUGGAAGGGGCCUAUUUUCACGCUCUAGAUGCGCAGUUCAUAUUCAGAUUGAGACAUCCAGCUUCCCUAAAGGAGUCCUCUGGCAUCUGAGGACCACUAUAGAGGGCUUAUUUCUUCCCUAAAUCGUAUUUGAGGGCAGGUAGGAGCCACAGCAGAGCUGUGGCAAGUUGUUUAACUGUUUAUUAACGUUUUUUUAACGUUUUUUAAAUCUGGUUUGGGGCCUAAAGGGUUAAUCAUCCAUUUGCAAGUGGGUGCAAUGCUACUUUAGUCCCUUAUACACACUGUAAAAAUUUCAAAGAGUUUACUACUUUUUAACACUGUUUUGCAGUUUAUGUGAUAGUUUUUUUCUCUUAAAGGCACAGUACAGUUUUUGUUUAAUUGCUGUUUCACAUUUAUUAAAGUGUUUUCCAAGCUUGCUGGUCUCAUUACUAGUCUGUUAAACAUGUCUGACAUAGAGGAAACUCCUUGUUCAAUAUGUUUAGAAGCCAUUGUGGAACCCCCUCUUAGAAUGUGUACCAAAUGUACUGAAAUUUCUAUAAAUUAUAAAGACCAUAUUAUGGCAUUUAAAGAUUUAUCACCAGAGGUUUCUCAGACUUACAAAAGGGAGGUUAUGCCAUCUAGCUCUCCCCACGUGUCAGAACCUAUAACUCCCGCUCAAGUGACGCCAAGUACAUCUAGCGCGUCCAAUGCGUUUACCUUACAAGACAUAUUGUCCAAACUGCCAGGGUUACAAGGAAAGCGAGACAGCUCUGGGGCUAGAACAAAUACAGAGCUUUCUGACGCUUUAGUAGCUAUGUCCGAUAUACCCUCACAAUGCUCCGAAGCCGUGGCAAGGGAGUUGCUAUCUGAGGGUGAGAUUUCAGAUUCAGGGAAGACGUUACUUCAGUCCGAUUCUGAAAUAACAGCCUUUAAAUUUAAGCUUGAACACCUCCACUUAUUGCUCAGGGAGGUUUUAGCGACUCUGGAUGACUGUGACCCCUUUGUAGUUCCAGAGAAAUUGUGUAAAAUGGACAAAUACUUUGCAGUGCCUGUUUACACUGAUGUUUUUCCAGUCCCUAAGAGGUUUUCGGAAAUUAUUACUAACCAAUGGGAUAGACCAGGUGUUCCGUUCUCUCCCCCUUCUGCUUUUAAAAAGAUGUUUCCCAUAGAUGUCGCUAUACGGGACUCAUGGCAGACAGUCCCUAAGGUGGAGGGUGCUGUUUCUACCCUAGCUAAGCGUACAACUAUCCCCGUCGAGGACAGUUGUGCUUUCUUAGAUCCUAUGGAUAAAAAAUUGGAGGGUCUCCUUAAGAAAAAUGUUAUCCAUCAAGGUUUUAUUCUCCAGCCUCUUGCAUGCAUUGCCCCAGUUAUUGCUGCAUUAGAUGAUAUUUUAGACAGGAUUAAAGCUCUCAAGUUAGCUAAUUCCUUUAUUUCUGACGCCGUUUUUCAUCUAACCAAACUAACGGCUAAGAAUUCAGGUUUUGCCAUUCUGGCGCGAAGGGCGUUAUGGCUUAAGUCCUGGUCAGCAGACGUUACUUCAAAGUCUAAGCUUCUUAACAUCCCCUUCAAAGGACAGACCCUAUUCAGGCCGGGCCUGAAGGAGAUCAUUUUUUAUAUUACUGGAGGUAAAGGUCACGCCCUUCCUCAGGAUAGGUCCAAUAAAUUAAGGACCAAACAGAAUAAUUUUCGUUCAUUUCGAAACUUCAAGAGUGGCGCAGCUUCAGCUUCAUCUAAUGCAAAACAAGAGGGAAAUUUCGCCCAGUCCAAACCAAUCUGGAGACCGAACCAGGCUUGGAACAAGGGGAAGCAGGCCAAAAAACCUGCUACCGCCUCUAAGACAGCAUGAAGGAGUAGCCCCCGAUCCGGGACCGGAUCUAGUAGGGGGCAGACUUUCUCUCUUCGCCCAGGCUUGGGCAAGAGACGUCCAGGAUCCCUGGGCAUUAGAGAUUGUUUCCCAGGGAUAUCUUCUGGACUUCAAAGCUUUAUCUCCAAAGGGGAGAUUUCAUCUCUCACAAUUAUCUGUAAACCAGAUAAAGAGAGAGGCAUUCUUACGUUGUGUUCAAGACCUACUGGUUAUGGGAGUGAUCCACCCAGUUCCAAGGCAGGAACAGGGGCAGGGCUUCUAUUCAAAUCUGUUUAUAGUUCCCAAAAAAGAGGGAACUUUCAGACCAAUCUUGAUCUCAAGAUACUAAACAAAUUUCUCGGGGUCCCAUCCUUCAAGAUGGAGACUAUCCGAACCAUCCUCCCUAUAAUCCAGGAGGGUCAAUAUAUGACUACCGUGGACUUAAAGGAUGCUUAUCUCCACAUUCCGAUUCACAGAGAUCAUCAUCAGUUCCUCAGGUUCGCCUUCUUAGACAGGCAUUACCAGUUUGUGGCUCUUCCCUUUGGGUUAGCCACGGCACCAAGAAUCUUUACAAAGGUUCUAGGUUCCCUACUGGUGGUUGUAAGGCCACGGGGCAUAGCGGUGGCUCCUUACCUAGACGACAUUCUGAUACAGGCGUCGACUUUUCAAAUCGCCAAGUCCCAUACAGACAUUGUUCGGGCCUUUCUGAGGUCUCACGGGUGGAAGGUGAACGAAGAAAAGAGUUCUCUCUCCCCUCUCUCAAGAGUUUCCUUCCUAGGAACACUGAUAGAUUCAGUAGAAAUGAAAAUUUUUCUGACAGAGGUCAGGUUAUCAAAGCUUCUAACUUCCUGCCGUGCUCUUCAUUCCACUUCUCGGCCGUCAGUGGCUCAGUGUAUGGAUGUAAUCGGCCUAAUGGUAGCGGCAAUGGACAUAGUUCUGUUUGCCCGCCUACAUCUCAGACCACUGCAACUUUGCAUGCUCAAUCAGUGGAAUGGGGACUACACAUAUUUGUCCCCUCUGCUAAAUCUGGAUCAAGAGACCAGGGAUUCUCUUCUCUGGUGGUUAUCUCGGGUCCAUCUGUCCAGGGGAAUGAGUUUCCGCAGGCCAGAGUGGACUAUAGUGACGACAGAUGCCAGCCUUCUGGGCUGGGGCGCAGUCUGGAACUCCCUGAAGGCUCAGGGUUUGUGGACUCAGGAGGAAGCCCUCCUUCCGAUAAACAUUCUGGAACUGAGAGCGAUAUUCAAUGCUCUUCAGGCUUGGCCUCAACUAGCUGCGGUCAGGUUCAUCAGAUUUCAGUCGGACAAUAUCACGACUGUAGCCUAUAUCAACCAUCAGGGGGAACAAGAAGCCCCCUGGCAAUGUUGGAGGUUUCAAAAAUAAUUCUAUGGGCAGAGGUUCACUCUUGCCAUCUCUCAGCUAUCCAUAUCCCAGGAGUAGAGAACUGGGAGGCGGAUUUUCUAAGUCGGCAGACUUUUCAUCCGGGGGAGUGGGAGCUCCAUCCGGAGGUAUUUGCCCAACUGAUUCAACUAUGGGGCAAACCAGAACUGGAUCUGAUGGCGUCUCGUCAGAACGCCAAGCUUCCUUGUUACGGGUCCAGGUCAAGGGAUCCCCAGGCAGCGCUGAUAGAUGCUCUAGCAGUGUCCUGUAGAUGCUCUAGCAGUGCCCUGGUCCUUCAGCCUGGCUUAUGUGUUCCCACCAUUUCCUCUCCUCCCUCGUCUGAUUGCCAAGUUCAAGCAGGAGAGAGCUUCAGUGAUUUUGAUAGCACCUGCGUGGCCACGCAGGACUUGGUAUGCAGAUCUGGUGGACAUGUCAUCCUUUCCACCAUGGACUCUGCCGAUGCGGCAGGAUCUUCUACUCCAAGGUCCAUUCAAACAUCCAAAUCUAAUUUCUCUGCGGCUGACUGCUUGAAGAUUGAACGCUUGAUUUUAUCAAAACGUGGUUUCUCCGAGUCGGUCAUUGAUACCUUGAUUUGUCACCAGGAAAAUCUAUCAUAAGAUAUGGUGUAAAUAUCUUCAUUGGUGUGAAUCCAAGGGUUACUCUUGGAGUAAGGUCAGGAUUCCUAGGAUGAUAUUCUUUCUCCAAGAAGGAUUGGAGAAGGGAUUGUCAGCUAGUUCCUUAAAGGGACAGAUUUCUGUUCUGUCUAUUCUUCUGCACAAGCGUCUGGCAGAUGUUCCAGACGUUCAGGCGUUUUGUCAGGCUUUAGUUAGAAUCAAGCCUGUGUUUAAACCUGUUGCUCCGCCAUGGAGUUUAAAUUUAGUUCUUAAAGUUCUUCAAGGGGUUCCGUUUGAACCUCUGCAUUCCAUAGAUAUCAAGCUUUUAUCUUGGAAAGUUCUGUUUUUGGUAGCUAUCUCUUCGGCUCGAAGAGUUUCAGAGUUAUCUGCCUUACAGUGUGAUUCCCCUUAUCUGAUCUUCCAUGCAGAUAAGGUAGUUUUGUGUACCAAACCUGGGUUUCUUCCUAAGGUGGUAUCUAAUAAGAAUAUCAAUCAGGAGAUUGUUGUUCCGUCACUGUGUCCUAAUCCUUCUUCAGAAAAAGAACGUCUAUUACACAAUCUUGACGUGGUUCGUGCUUUUAAAGUUUUAUUUACAAGCUACUAAGGAUUUUCGUCAAACAUCUGCAUUGUUUGUCAUCUACUCUGGACAGAGGAGAGGCCAAAAGGCUUCGGCAUCUUCUCUUUCUUUUUGGCUGAGAAGCAUAAUCCGUUUAGCUUAUGAGACUGCUGGCCAGCGGCCUCCUGAAAGAAUUACAGCUCAUUCCACUAGAGCGGUAGCUUCCACAUGGGCUUUUAAAAAUGAGGCCUCUGUUGAACAGAUUUGUAAGGUGGCGACUUGGUCUUCGCUUCAUACUUUUUCUUAAUUCUACAAAUUUGAUACUUUUGCUUCCUCGGAGGCUAUUUUUUGGAGAAAGGUCUUGCAGGCAGUGGUGCCUUCCGUUUAAGUUCCUGCCUUGUCCCUCCCUUCAUCCGUGUCCUAAAGCUUUGGUAUUGGUAUCCCACAAGUAAUGGAUGAACCCGUGGACUGGAUACACCUUACAAGAGAAAACAAAAUUUAUGCUUACCUGAUAAAUUUCUUUCUCUUGUGGUGUAUCCAGUCCACGGCCCGCCCUGUCACUUUAAGGCAGGUGUUUUUUAUUUUUAAACUACAGUCACCACUGCACCCUAUAGUUUCUCCUUUCUCUUGCUUGUCUUCGGUCGAAUGACUAGGGGUGGCAGUUAGGGGAGGAGCUAUAUAGACAGCUCUGCUGUGGGUGUCCUCUUGCAACUUCCUUUUGGGAAGGAGAAUAUCCCACAAGUAAUGGAUGAACCCGUGGACUGGAUACACCUCAAGAGAGAAAUUUAUCAGGUAAGCAUAAAUUUUGUUUUGUCCGCUUUUUAGAGCUUUCCAGGUUAUCUCUCUCUCUAUACAGAGCUUUCCUAACCUUGUAAGUCUAUGCUUUGUCUAUAAGGAGCUUUCCUUUACAGAGCUUUUCACUUUAGACACUGCAAAUUUCUUCUUUGGCUAGAACAACCUUUUUCUCUCUACUGGGCGUUCCAUAAAUGUUGAAGUUUUUCAAACCUUGCAGAUUUUUCCUAUAUAUAACAUAGGUUUCUGCAUGGUACAGAGCUUUGUUAAAGGGACAGUAAACACUUUGUAAUUAAAAUACAUUUUUUGUUGUGUUGCUAUAGAAUAACACAUCAGCCAAGUCUAAAUGUUUUUUUAAAAAAAAAUUGGCUUUUGAAAAAUAUUUGAAGUAAAAAAAAAAAAAAUUAACUCCA